UAACUUCAAGGUAACUUUCAGACUGAAUGCAUGUGUUCGGCAUCACAUGCUCAGGAUGACAAUUCCUCUGUGGACCGAGUCCCAUUCGCAACUACCCGGGAGAUCACGUGAUGACCCGCGUCAUGUGACUUGGUAAGAUGGCUGUGCGGGGAGCGGCAUGGUUUGUGCUCCUCUUCUCCUGCUCGGUCCUGGAAACCGUAUCAUGGAAGACGGGCCAGAACAGCACUCAGCCCCCACCCGUGGUUAUUUGGCACGGCAUGGGUGACAGCUGCUGUAAUCCUCUCAGCAUGGGAUUUAUCAAGAAAUUGGUGGAAGAAAAAAUUCCAGGAAUUUAUGUUUUGUCUUUGGAAAUUGGGAACAGUAUUAAAGAGGAUGUGGAGAACAGUUUCUUCAUGAAUGUAAAUGACCAGGUGGAACUAGUGUGCCAUAUAUUAUCCAAGGACAAGCUGCUCCAGAAUGGAUACAAUGCAAUGGGCUUUUCUCAGGGAGGUCAGUUUCUGAGAGCUGUAGCACAGAGAUGCUCUUCUCCUGCCAUGAAAAAUCUCAUCUCAUUUGGAGGCCAACAUCAAGGUGUAUAUGGUUUACCUCGCUGUUCUGGAGAAAGUUCCCAUAUCUGCAACUGGAUAAGAAAAAUGCUGAACUUGGGUGCUUAUACAAGUCCAAUUCAAGAUCACUUAGUGCAGGCAGAGUACUGGCAUGAUCCCUUGAAUGAAGAACUCUACAGGAACAAAAGUGUUUUCUUGGCAGACAUCAAUCAAGAAAGGGGCAUCAAUGGAAGCUAUAAGGAGAAUCUGAUGAAAUUGAAUAAGUUUGUAAUGGUGAAAUUCUUGAAGGAUUCCAUGGUUGUCCCAGUUGAUUCAGAGUGGUUUGGUUUCUAUAAAGCUGGUCAGGCCAAGGACACGUACACCUUACAGGAGAGUGAUCUUUAUCAUGAGGAUCGAUUGGGAUUGAAAGUGAUGGACAAAGCAAAGAAACUGGAAUUCCUAACAGUAGAUGGGGAUCAUCUUCAGUUCUCAGAGGAAUGGUUCAUCACCAACAUAAUUCCUUACCUGAAAUGAUCCCUUUACCAAGCUAGUAAUCUUAUACUAAUUGUUUCAUCACUUGCCUAAUACCUUGAAUUGUAAAGCACUGGCUCCCUAUCUAUAAAUGAAUUUCAACGCUUUGCUAAUCCAAGAUGCUGCAGAGUUUAAGCAUGCAGGCACUUUGAGGGUUCCUAAUGAGAACUUGUGACUGUCCAUUCUGUUUGGCAGGGCUGAAUAGUUGGUCUGUUUGCUUUUUAUUUACAAAUUGAAAAUUAGAUUAUGAUGAGUGCAGACAAAGUGGAGAUGGGGAAAGUAGUCAGUUUUAUUUUUCUGAUGCAGGAGUUCGUGCCCUUUCCUAUAGGACCUACAGAUAAAGCAUGUCCAUCUAAUGGUAAGGAGGUCAUCUUGACUGUCUAAUGGUUCUAUAUAAAAUGAAUAAAAACCGUUCAUAAGCACAUGCCAAAUCUUCAAAUGUAAACAUGCCAAGUAAUGUUAUAUCAGAAACUUAGUUCUAAUUCAUUACUGAAUUUUAAGUCAGCUAUUUUGCUUCUGGCCCAUGAUCAGAGCCAGUCUCACCUUUAUCUGUGGAAUGUAGACAAGUAUACUGUAAUCAAAGCAGAAUGUGACACACAGACAUUAUGUACAUAAUGUUAGCCCCCAGCUACUGCUUCAUCUGUUCAUAGUUUGUUUUUAAUCUUAUAAACUAGUGAAGUAUAUUGUACCUAGAGGUCAGCAUAAAUGUGAAAUAACCAAGACACUUGCCUUUUUAUGAUCAAGCUGUCUUGUACUUUGCUUCAUAGGUUGAAAUGUUAAUUUUUUUUAAACUGUAGUACCCAUAACCAGAGAAUAGGAUUUCACAUUGGAUCUAAGCACUGAACAAUGCAAGUUUGAAAACAUACUGCUGGAGGAAUUCUGAGUGGUGUCUGGGGGAAAGAGAGGAAUUGUUGACAUCGACAUUUUGGGUCAAGACCCUGCCUCACAGCCAGAUUCUUGUUGACCUGCUGAGUUCCUCCAGCAGUUUGUUUUUUGCUCCAGAUUCCAGCAUCUGCAGUCUGGCUCCACCAAACAAAACCAUUUAUUUUGUUAUGGCACAAUGAUGGAAGCUGCUUAAUUGAAUCACUCACCUACCACCUGUUCCAAUGUUUUUAGAUUUUAGAUCAUAGUACAAUAUGCUGACUUCAAGAAGUGAAUGAAGCUGAAUUUUAUUGGUGUAGACAUCAUAAAGAUUAAAAGCUGAUUUUUGAUAAGCACCUUCAAAUUCCUUCAGCUGUGACAACUGUUGAGAAUAAUUCCAUUUGUCAUAUGGUAAAAUUUUAUUAAAACUGAA